UCAAUGCAUUUUUCAAUAUAUUAAUAUGCAUGUUUUUGUAGGUGAUAAUGACUCUGCAAGAAACAUAAAGGCAAUAAAGAAUGGUGAAUUGCUGAAUGAUUCUAAGAGAAUACUUGCAUGUUCAGUGCUCAUCAAGAAUGAGAUGUUCUUUACUGGAAUAGUCAGUGCAGCAAUGAAAAAUAAGGUCAGUUGUUUAUACAUACAUGUACAUGUAGCAUCAGUGAGAGAUUUAAUCAAUGCCUGUAAUAUUUUAAGUCUUGAUACCUUUUUUUUUUUAUUUCAAACAGAAAGUCCAUUUUGUAAAUUGUUACUUUAUUUUAUGUAUUGGGCAAAUACCAUGUAUGUAAUCUUUAUCAUUCAGGUGACAUACAACUACAAGCUUAGAUUGGAAAAGCAGCCUGGUGAUAUUUUAAGCUCACACUGUGAAUGUCCAGCAGGGAAGGGCCCAAAUGGAACAUGUAAACAUUUAGCAGCAGUCAUGGUGAUGUUGGAGAAGUUUAUUGGGCUUGGAGAGCUUACUGGCAUUGAGAAGACGUGCACUGAGUGUUUGAUGAUGUUCAAUAAACCAAAGACUUCCCAUAAAGGAUCACCUGUAAAGGUAGAAAAUCUUUCAAGAAAACGGAAAUCAGAAAACAUAUUGGAUGAUCCCCGCCCAGAGAAGAGGAAGAAUAUGGAGGGUUUUGAGGAUAGGGUCUUGAACAUCUUGGUAAACUAUACAGCAAAAUCGUCAGCGAACAUUGCCUAUCGCUACUUAUUUAAAAGAGCUGAUUUGAAGACUGCAGUUCAUGAUCAUGAUUACCUCUCACUACCUUUUACUGAGUAUUGGGUUGAUGAAGCAAUUAUGGUGAAUGAUUUGGAGAUAAAGAAGAUAAGAGUUGCAACACGUGGGCAGACGGCUAACAAGAAAUGGUUUGGGGAGAGGACAUGGCGAUUAACUGCUUCAAGCUUUGGACAGAAAACCCACAUGACGGAGAAACGAAACAAGGAAAAACAGUGUGAAACAAUAUUUUCAUCAAAGCAGAUUAACUCCGAAGCAACAUUACAUGGGAAAAAUUAUGAACGAAAAGCUAUAAAAUGUUUUGAAUCGAAAUACAAACAAAAAGUUAACGGAUGUGGCUUCUUCAUUUACAGACCUAAGCCAUUUCUUGGUGCUUCACCCGAUGGAGUGAUUGAUGAUAUGCAUAUUGUUGAAGUGAAAUGCCCUUACUUGGGACGAAAUGUAAAUAUCGAAUCAAAGUGUCUGAAACAUUUUAGGUAUUUAGAGGAAAAAAAUGGGGUCAUUCAACUUAAAAAAUCAUCAAAUUAUUAUGAUCAAAUUCAAGGCCAAUUACUUAUUACUGGAAGGCAAUUUUGUUAUUUUGUAGUUUACACAUUUAAAUCUUUGUUUGUGGAAAAGAUUGAAUUUGACCAGGACUAA